CCCGGAACUCCGGGCCCAGCGGCAUGACGUCUGCCUUGGAGAACUACAUCAACCGAACUGUUGCUGUUAUUACUUCUGAUGGGAGAAUGAUUGUGGGAACACUAAAGGGUUUUGAUCAGACCAUUAACUUGAUUUUGGAUGAAAGCCAUGAGCGGGUGUUCAGCUCUUCCCAGGGAGUAGAGCAAGUGGUAUUAGGGUUGUACAUCGUGAGAGGUGAUAAUGUAGCAGUCAUCGGGGAAAUUGAUGAAGAGACAGAUUCUGCACUGGACUUGGGGAACAUCCGAGCAGAACCUCUGAACUCCGUAGCACACUGAAGGCUCAGUGUGUAGUCAGAUGUCUGUAAAUCUGUACAGAAGCUUCUUCGAAGAUGAUGUUUAGACUUUUGUAUGAGUAUGUAAUUACGUGAUUGUGAGUUUUGACUUCAUGUUGGUACACUAUAAAUAUUUCUACAUUUUUAUUGGGAAACAUUGCCUAAAUUAAUAAAUGUGGUUACCUGGUUUAUUUUUCUACAAAAUGAUACAAAAAUCUAAGGAUCGUUUUAAAAACAGAGAAAAUACCAUUACUUUUGGUAAUUUAAUAUUUAUGGGAAAUUGGCUGUAAAGAGAACUUAGGCUAUUGUUGUAAUUUAUACAUAGAAAUAAUAGUAAUAAAAGAGACAUCUUUUUGUGAUUUUUUUUUCUUAAUUACCAGUCAGUACAUUGUUCUCUACAGGUACCUGAGUUGUGGACAUUUAUCCCAUUGCACAACUGUUCUUCAGUAGUUGAAAAAAAUCGUUUCUUAGGUAUAAGAGAUGUGAAUAAAUAAUUUGCUUGAUUAAUGAAAAACUUGCAAACUUAAGUUGCAACAGAAGUUAAUAAGAGGGACUGGCGAGAUAGCUCAGUGGUUAAGAGCAGUGUCUGCUCUUCCAGAGGUUCUGAGUUCGAUUCCCAGAAACCACAUGGUGGCUCACAACCAUCUAUAAUGUGAUCUGGCGCCCUUUUCUGUCAU